AUGGACAGCUCCAAAUUUCUGCAGCUUCCUCCCAAGGGCAAGGAUGCACCUGCAGUGCUCUUCCGGAACUCGUUCCAGUCUGGCGUUUUUUCCAUUUUCUAUGCGAUUGGCCGGCACCCCCUCUACCUGUGGAACGCUUCGGUGCGCAAUGGACAUGUACGCCGCAUCACAGAUGAAGAUAUUGGUUCAGCUGCGCUUGAGAUUUGUGGAAACAAUGUGAGUACCACCACCGUGACAUGUCCCGAAGAAGAUCGCCAGACGCUAGGCAUCAAGCUGCCUUUCCUCGUGCUAUUGGUCAAGAACAUGAAGAGGUACUUUGCCUUUGAGGUUGAAGUGCUGGACGACACAGGCCAGCGACGAAGAUUCAAGGCCUCAAACUUUCACACUGGAACCAAGGUCGGUCCAUUCAACUGCAGCAUGCCCUUAAAUUUGGAGCCCGGCUGGAACCAGGUUAUGUUCAAUUUGGAGGACUUCACCAAACGAGCCUUCGAAAGCAACUAUAUGGAGACAACGAGGCUCACCAUCCAUGCCAACUGCCGGUUGAGGCGAGUCUUCUUCAUGGACCGUGUAUAUCACAUGGAGGAGCUUCCACCUGACUUUCGCUUGGUGCAGCCCACUCGUCUGGCUGAAGCUGAACGUGUGGCGCAUGUGGCUCCACAGUCUACAAAGUCUACAGCUGAGCAAGAGGAUAGCUUUCAGGCAAAGAAACUCUAG